CAGCAAAAUGCAUGCAUGUUAGAGGAGGGACCUUCCCAGAAUGAGAGUACAGUGGGAUACAGAAGAGCGGGGACACCAAACUGUCAGGCAGCGGUGGCUCGGCUGGGCAGGAUAGACCCGAUUUUCCGCUCUGAUUGACACUGGAAACAAGUCCGGUGAGAGCCCAGCUGUAGCAAGAUGGGAUCUGCCUCCUCCACUUACCGGCCCAAAUGUAUUUAUUUGGACAUUGAUGGAAGAAUUCAAAAGGUGAUCUUCAGUAAAUACUGCAAUUCCAAAGAUAUUAUGGACCUUUUCUGCAUUGCAACAGGCUUACCGAGGAACACGACCAUCUCCCUUCUGACAGCAGACAACUGCAUGGUGUCCAUUGAUCCCACGAUGCCUGCCAACACAGAGAGGUCUCCAUACAAAGUGAUACCAGUUAUGACUGAGCAGCUCUCAGAGAAAGAAGAAUUGUUCCAGAAUUUAUUGGGACAGAUUGCUGAGCAGUUCUCGAGGGUUUUUAAAAUCAAUGAACUGAAAACGGAAGUAGCUAAUCACUUGGCAAUGCUGGAGAAAAAGGUUGAAUUGGAAGGCCUGAAAGUGGUGGAGAUUGAGAAAUGCAAGCGUGACAUUAAAAAGAUGAGGGAGGAAAUGGCAGCAAGAAGCAGCAGGACUAACUGUCCCUGCAAGUACAGCUUUUUGGAUGAAAACAAGAGGCCAGCUCCCCGGCGGGAUGUACCAUCCUACCCAAAGUACAUGCUGUCCCAGGAGACCAUCGAGGCUCUGCGGAAACCAACUUUUGACGUCUGGCUGUGGGAGCCCAACGAGAUGCUGAGCUGUUUGGAGCACAUGUACCACGACCUUGGGCUGGUAAAAGACUUCAACAUCAAUCCUAUCACCCUGAAGAGGUGGUUGCUGUGUAUCCACGACAAUUACAGGAACAACCCCUUCCACAAUUUCCGGCACUGCUUCUGCGUCACCCAGAUGAUGUACAGCAUGAUCUCGCUCUGCAGCCUCCAGGAGAAAUUUUCCCAAAUUGACAUUUUGAUUCUCAUGACUGCAGCAGUGUGCCAUGACUUGGACCAUCCAGGCUAUAACAAUACCUACCAGAUCAACGCGCGGACGGAGCUGGCCGUGCGCUACAACGACAUCUCGCCGCUGGAGAACCACCACUGCGCCGUGGCCUUCCAGAUCAUCUCCCAGCCUGAAUUCAACAUCUUCUCCAACGUGGACCAGGACCAGUUCAAGCAGAUAAGACAGGGGAUAAUUACGUUAAUCCUGGCUACAGACAUGGCGAGACAUGCAGAAAUACUGGAUUCUUUCAAGGAAAAAAUGGAAAACUUUGAUUACACAAAUGAAGAACACAUGACCUGUCUGAAGAUGGUACUGAUAAAAUGCUGUGACAUCUCCAAUGAAGUCCGCCCGAUGGAGGUAGCAGAGCCCUGGGUAGAUUGCCUGCUGGAGGAGUAUUUUAUGCAGAGUGACCGAGAAAAGUCCGAGGGGCUCCCGGUGGCGCCGUUCAUGGACCGCGACAAAGUGACCAAACCCACGGCACAGAUCGGAUUCCUCAAGUUCGUCCUCAUCCCCAUGUUUGAAACAGUGACAAAGCUGUUCCCAGAAGUGGAGGAGGUGAUGCUCCAGCCUCUGUGGGAAUCCAGGGACCACUACGAGGGGUUAAAACAGAUAGAUGAUGCUAUGAAAGAGCUCCAGAAACAGAAAAGUGAAGGUUUGACCCCCGGCAGCACCGAAAAGUGAGAGGAAACAGCCUUUGAACAAAUAAACUACGAGCUUUGAGGCUACUCUGCUUUGAGAAAUGCUGUAUUAGCCAAGCAGAGGUGGUGGCUAUGUCAAAACCCAAGUGGGACCAUGCAGGGAGAGAUGGAUCCACAGCCUGCAGCCUCCCCACAGAGCUGCUGCUGCCGUCGGACACCAUGCGCUCCCCAGACUCUGGCAUUCGCUCCACAGCCUCCUGGCAGGAUUGCCCAGGUUCCUGAAUUGUCACCACAGCCCUCCUGGCAGGAUUGCCCAGGCUCCUGGACUCUCACCACAGCCCUCCCGGCAGGAUUGCCCAGGGUCCUGAACUCUCACCACAGUCUCCUGGCAGGAUUCCCCAGG